CCUGCGCAGCCACGGCCACAGCCAGCCUCGCCUCGCCAAAGCCGGCCGAGCCAGCGCUGCCCUCCUCCUCCUCCUCCUCCUCCCCGAGCAGGGCAAGAGGCUCCCGCAGCAUCGCCCCGGGACAAAGUUUGGGCUGGAUGCCACGGCGAGGAAGGCGCCGCGGGGGAAAAGUCCCAAGCCAAGUUGCCGGCGGGGCGCGCAGGAGAAGCCCCGGGGCGCCUCGGCCCUUUGCGCGCCGGGGCCGAUGAGAACCCCGCAGCCGGUUCUGCCUCGCGGUCCCCGGUCCUGGCGACCCCUCUGAGCCUCCUUCCUCCCUCCUGCCUUCCUUUCUUCCUCCCUUCCUUUCUUCCUCCUCCUCCUCCUCCUCCGGCGCGCCAUGGAGUUCUCGGCCAGGAAGCGCAGCAGGAAAUCUCAGAGCUUCAAACUCAUCCAUCCAGAUUAUCAUCCGGAGGUUUACAAGAUCUCCGACUACAGCAACGAUGUGAAUGGCAAUGCCAAAGAAGCACAGACACUUUAUUUAGGCGAUGAAAGCCGGGAGAUUAAAAAACAGAUCACGGGGAUGAGAAGGCUGCUGAACGACAGCGUGGGGCGGAUCUAUCAGCGAGCUGAAAAAGAAGGAGAAAAAUUGAAGGAAGAAGAAGUCCAACAGUUGGAGCUGGCUUGGACUCCGCGUCUGAACCCUCCCGCGGACGCCCCUGGACACCUCCAGCCAUUGCCGAGCGGGGCCUGGAACGAAUUGUCUGCCCAGACCGGACACUAUUCAGUACAGUACGGUACCCGCUCCAAAACCUCCUUCCAGAACCAGGCCAGAACCGUGGGCGCGAACGGAGAAAUCCCAGCGGCCAAUGCCGCUGCCUCCUCCUCUUCUUCCGGAUCAAACUGUUGCACUUGCAAUUGUCAGCCUGCUCUGCAGGCCAUUCUUCAGGAGCUGAAGACCAUGAGGAAGAUCAUGCAGAUCCAAGCCGCAGCUGCCCAGAACCGACAACAGCCUCCAGUUCCUCUGGCUACCUUGCAGAAAUCCACAGUCUCAAGGAAGAGGAAUAAAAAGAAAAAAGCGGCCCCAAAGACUGUUGAACCCCUUACUGUGAAACAGAAAUCCGGCGCUGUGGAGAACGACAGAAAGUUACCUGCGAAUUCGAACAGGUUGAGCAUGGAAGGGGCCGAUUCCUCCUUGAAAACGGACCCGCCGGUUUCAGGAUUCGGCAUCGUGCUCGAAUCUUCCUCUUCAGAUCCAGAAGUACAGCUCGCUGAAGGUUUUGACGUUUUUAUGCCUAAAUCACAACUGGACUCUAUCUUAGCAAAUUACACUCGCUCAGGAAGUCUCCUCUUUCGAAAACUGGUGUGUGCGUUUUUUGACGACAAGACGUUGGCCAACUCUCUGCCGAAUGGCAAAAGGAAAAGGGGGCUCAAUGACAGCCGGAAAGGAUUAGACCAAAAUAUUGUGGGUGCAAUAAAAGUGUUCACAGAAAAAUACUGCACUGUAAACCACGUGGAUAAACUUCCCGGCCCAAGGGACUGGGUCCAAAUUCUGCAGGAUCAAAUCAAGCUGGCCAGAAGACGGUUGAAAAGAGGAUCGGCAGAAAUGGCUGAUGGUGAUGAGAAACUGGACAUUUCUCUUCUAGAGGCAGGUACCCUCCUUGAAGCCACGCCUUCUGCGCCAGUGUUUCAUUAGCAUAUUCAAACCUUGGUUUGAGAUGAUGCCAGCAACCUUUCUAGAUUACUUCACUAUCUGUGCUUUCCUGUUUCACGAUCUCCGAUCAAUUUUUUUCCCCCAUGCUUUUCUAACGUGGAUAAUAAUUAAGCGACAAAUCACUUUUCCUUUGGAUUUAAUCAAGAUAACUAGAUUUGUUCGUAGAGAGGCUCUAGUGCAAUUAGUCUGGUAACCAAUGUGAUAGGAUGAAUUUUGAUUUUAUGAUGGCAGUUUCCCACAUAAAUAUAUGCGUGCUGGCUAUUCUAUUCUAAUAGGAAAAAAGAGAGAGUCUCCUCUUAAUCUUACAAAGAGCUCCUAACACCUCCAUUUCAUAUAGAGUUUUUGGUGCAGAAGUCAUGGGAUCAAAAGUAAAACUUUAGGACAUUGAAUGAAUCUUAAUUUAACUAGUUUCUAAAUUGAGUCUUUCCUUCCAUCCCCACAAAGUUAAUUUUUACUCGGAUAAAAUUAUUAUUUUUUUCAGAAGCAGAAUUGUUGUCAUUAUAUUUGACCAUAAGGUAUUAAUUAAUAUUACUUGCGAUGUCACAUUUAAUCCAGAUCAAAUACUCCUUGGAUGCAUAUAGGAGUGAUAAAUAAUGUAUUUUAUUCCCUCUUUGAUGAACUAAGAACCAUCAACUUUAUGCACUCAGAUUCCAUUCUCCUUUGUUUUGCUAAUUUAUGGGGAUUAGGAAUUGUGAGAACCUUUUGGAGGAUACAACUUUGGGAAGAUUCUUUCCACCUGCACAUAUUUCCCCUCUUUAUUCCAUCCCUUCAGAGCUGAUAAGAUAUUUGGGGGUCUACGCUAAUAUUUCUCUUUUCAAAUAAAAGCCGGCAGGAGUAUGGCUAGCAACUCUCCACUAAUCUUCAAUGCACUCCAAUAUCUCAUGAACACCAUCUGAAUUUAUUUGCAUUUUUUGUUACUUCCAUUAUCUCCUACAUUCUACAUGAGAAGGUCUCCUCAUACCUUAGAUCAGAAUGUCCAACCUUGGCUGUUUUAAGACCUGUGGACUUCAAUUCCCAGAAUUCCCCAGCCAGCCUUGCAAGGCUAGCUGGAGAAUUCUGGGAGUUGAAGUCCACAGGUCUUAAAACAGCCAAGGUUGGACACCCGUUUUACGUGAAGGGUUAAAUGCCACAUACAUGACAAAUUCAUUGAUACCGUCGUAGACAUCUCUAGCAGAGUCUAAUGAUGUGUUUAGGAAUCCUCUUCUUCAGCUUGCUAAAAAUAAUCAUUUCUGCAGUUCAGUAAUGUUUUUUAUAAAUUUUUAAACGUAAUGCAGUACAAACCAAUUUACCACUGAAACGUGGCUGUCUUUGCUCGAUAACUUGAUAAACCUGGGCUAGUGUCUGUAAGGAUCCCACAUCCUCUUUUUGAGGCCGAUGGGGUUUUCUUCCACAAAUGAAAUUUCUUGGUCUUUUCCAUAAAUCUACAAACAAAGCGUACGUAUUGUAACCAUUAACCCACAAUCAGCAGUCUUACGAAUCUUUAAAAACAAUUGUACUUGUGUUGACUUUAACUGUGACUACUAUUAAAACUUUUUUCUGGGCGUCUUUUUUUAUAGGUUUUAUUAGGAAAAAAUUACCCAUAUUUAGGUAAAAGUCUCAAUCUUAUGUAUAUAUGUUUUAUUAAUAUGUACAUAUUUAGCUAUUUUUUAAAUUACUAUGUUCUUAAUAAAACGAACAAGGGACUAGUUGUGAAAUGGUGCAUUAAGAUUGUGUCGUGUUAUCAAUCUCUGGGACUCUUUGUCAAGUUCAGCAAAAUAAUAAUAAUAAAUUGGUCUAAUUUAA